AUGCAGUCAUUAAAACAUGAUAUAAAGUCAACUUUUGCUUCGGUUGUUAGUCAAGAAGUCAAAAAGAACGUUGACGUUCUUAAUGCUGAAGUUAAAAAUGUGCAUAAAACUUUGCUUGGAGCGUCCGAUGUGAAAGAUAGAGAAACAAAUAUAAUGUUAUUUCGACUGCCGGAAGGUGUCAACGAUAAAGAGCGAGUUUUCAAAAUUUUGAAUCACUUAACGGAUGACGCCAUGUCUUAUAAAAAUGUUCUAAAAAUUGUGAGAUUGGGUAAAAAAACUGAUGGCACGUCGAGAUCUUUGCUUAUCAAGUUGGACAAUAUCGCUGUUAAGAAUCAAAUUAUAAAACGCACUUUUAAAUUAAGUUCUCUGGUUGAUCAAUUUGGUCGAAUUGGCAUUAGUCGUGACUUGACUAAAGAACAGAGAGGUGAAUUGAAAAUUUUGCUAGAGGAUGCUAAGAUGCAGGAAGUUGCUAAUAAAAUUUUUUUAUUCAAGGUUCGCGGUUCUCCGGGAAGUUGGAAGAUUGUAAGAUUCCCGGUGAUUUCAACGUUCACAUUGAAAAGACUAACGAUCCACAUGCCGCUAGGCUAA